CUCCUCCAACUAAUCAUUCUCUCUAUUAAAACACACUCUCUUCCGCCUUCCUUUCCUCACUUCUUCUUUUCUAAUCCAUUCUGCAACCAUGCCUCUCCCAUGGAAGAAGACCAAGUCCAAUCGAAUUUCCCGAAUCGUCGCCGACCUCCAACCCCCCUCCCGCUCCGCCUCCCUCGUCGUCGAGACCGGCUUCCCCACCUCCCUCGUCGAUCUCUUCGUCAAGAAUCGCGAUCGACUCAAGAAACACUCCCUCAAGAAGACCAAACAUAAGCAUUCCAUUCUCCAUGUCUCUGAACCGCUUCCGCCGCCUCGUUCUUCCUCUCUCCCCCCUGUUCAUUCUCCUCCUCCUCCUCCUCUUCCCGUCGAUGACACCGUCGUUAUCGCCGCCGCUGGACACGGAGUGGAUGAUCUCGAAGAGAAGUCCAGGGUGGCUGAUGUGGAUUUCAAUGUCGUCGUCGGUGACGGCGGUCGAUCCAAUGGCGAUACGAAUGCGAAUUUUUCGAUUCUUGUUCUGGCGGCGAAGAUGUUUCUGGCGGUGGUUCCGGUGUUGAGUACUAAACAACUCGCCCUCGGGGUUACUCUCUCUGCGUUCCUCCUCUUUCUUCUAGAAAUUUUAGCGCAAUUCGCGGCUGGUUUCUUCGAUCCUUCUUCGGUCCGAAAUCGGUUUUUGUCGACAACCAAGGCAGAGCGCCGCCGAGUCGGAUUCAUUGAUCGAGGAGGAGAAGGAGAAGAAGGAGAAGAAGAAGAAGAAGAAGAAGAAGAAGAGUUUCCGGCGAUUAACUCUGCCUCCAAUAAGGAAAUCGAAAUGGUGGAAUCAAAUUGUGACGAGGAAGAAUCAGGGUUGCAAGGUGAAGCACUCCGGAAUGGGGAAAAGGGAAGGGGUUGUAAUUGGGAAGUGGAAGGUGAAAACGAGGAGAUGGAGAAGAAUCAGAAAAGUAGAAGCUCGAAACUGAAAUCGAAAAUCAUAAAGAAACUGAUACCGAAGAAACUGCGGAGUGGGAAGAGUUUGAAAAAGAACAAGAAGGAGAAGAAGAAAAGGAAACAAGAAGGGGGCAUCAUGAUCAUGGAAAACCAACAAGGCAUAGAAUGGAGCUGUGAGGAAGAAGAACGCGAAGCUUGGGGAUUGCACCAAAAUUGGGAGCCUGAAGAAGAAGAAGAAGAAGAAGAAGAAGAAGAAGAAGAAGAAGAAGAAGAAAUAGGAUCAUCAACAAUGGUGAAAGGGGAAGAAGGGGAAGUAGAAGAAGAAGAAGAGGAUGAAAGGAAGACGAAUGUGGAGUGUAAAUUCGUGAUAAUGAUGAUUCUGGUGGGGCUUUGCGGGGGCCGAUUUGUGGCACUUGUUGUUACAGUUUCAGGCUGUUUCAUCUUGAAAUUCAUGAAAUCCGUGUAUCAGAAAUGGAAAUUUGGGUAAAGGGUAGUGCUGUCCGGUAACAUAGGAUUAUUUCUUCCCCCCUUUUUAGCUCUCUUUUUCAUUCCAAUAUGUGAGAGUGAUGGGUGUAUAGUGGGUUACUAACGACGCCAUUUUUUAAGAACUAAAUUGUGUAUUUGUUGACAUAAAACUUUGGUAUUUAUGAACUAUGUAGAGUGGAGGGUUGUUAGGAUUCUGAAAGAAGCCUACAAAAGAAAUGAAAUACUGGGAAUUUGGAGGGUGCAAAUAAGUGAGUUGAGAGAGUGUUGGUGUGAGGGGAGACAGAA